AUGGCCAUUGAGAAAGUGGAGGUGUAUCUCACUAGAAAGCAAAAUGCCGCAACUGGCGCUAUCGCCGAAGACUGGAAGGCUCUCAACGAUUUCUACAGCAAGAAGUAAGUUUUCCAUAUAAACUUCAGCAAAGAUAUGCUUAUUCUUCCAGGCUUUGGCAUCAGCUCACUGUUCUGACGCGCUCUUUGGUCAAAAAACCGUAUUUUGCCACUACCGUCGAUAUGCGGGAGUUUUAUGAGAAGUGAGGAAGCUAUCAAAACUGCAGAGUUAAUAAACUUAUUUUCAGCUUUAUUGCCGAGUGGGAGCAGCGCGCUAAUCCCCUGCAGCUAAUCGAGAUCUGCAUUCCGAUCGCUCAGACAAUUGGUAAAGCUGAUAAGAUGAAAGGAGUCGAGUUUUUGCUGAAAUUCGGGAAGGUCGUCUACAAAGACAAGAUCGCCGUUGCUCGUCUGCAUACAGGAAUCAUUGAGCUCAAGCUGGAUAACAAAGACAAGGCUGGUCAAAUUCUGGAUCUGAAGGGUAUUCGUGCUCAAAUCGAUUCCACGCAGCAAGAAGUCGAGGCUCUCGUCGGAGUCACCGCAGUGCACGCUCCUUUUUACCGUGUUUCUUCCCUGUAUCUCCGUGAGACUGGAGAUUUCGCCGGCUACUAUCGCGAAGCCCUCCGUUAUCUCGGAGUAGAAGACACUUCAACUCUUACAACGGAGCAGAAGCAGGUUCACGCCGUUCUUCUCGGAUUCGCUGCUCUUUUGGGAGAGAACGUUCACAACUUUGGAGAAUUGGUGAGAAUUUUCAUGUGAGUUUGUGAGCUCAAUGUCUAUUUUCAGCUCGCCCACCCGAUUCUAAAAUCACUGCAAGGAACUCGCGAGGAAUGGCUUGUUCAAGUGAACUUUUAUUACGUUAUGCAGUUGUUAUUCUCAAUUUUAGGUGCUCCUCGCUUUCAACUCUGGAGAUCUCCCGCAUUUCUUCGCGAUGGAGAAUGAUUGGGCAGGCUGGGAUGAUUUGAAGAAACAGAAGGACUUCCUCACCGCCAAGAUCCGCCUGAUGGCUAUCAUGGAAUUGGCAGUUGAUCGUCCUACUAAAUCUAGAGCCGUCUCUUUCAAGGAGAUUGCCACCAAAUGCCAGAUUCCAUUCGAUGAGGUCGAAUUCCUGGUGAUGAAAGCGCUGAGCAAAGACCUGAUCCGAGGAGACAUCAAUCAGGUCGAACAAGUGGUGUACAUCUCGUGGGUGCAGCCCAGAGUGCUCGACAAUCGCCAGGUUACUGUUUAGAGAUUGAAAAAGUGUUAAACUUCAAAACUUUACAGAUUGAAGCAAUGGCUAAUCGCAUUGGAGAAUGGAAGAAGGACGUAACUUCAAUGGAAGGAGUCGUCAGCAAGGAGGCUCGCGAGAUUCUCACCCAGGCCUGA